CGGCGCCAGCGGAGCCGGUAUGGCGACGUCGGCGGGGGCGGCGAGUGUUCCGGGGAAGCCGAAGACCUCGCCCAAGUCCGUCAAGUUCCUCUUCGGCGGCCUGGCCGGGAUGGCGGCCACGGUCUUCGUGCAGCCGCUGGACCUGGUGAAGAACCGGAUGCAGCUGAGCGGGGAGGGCGCCAAGACGCGCGAGUACAAGACCAGCCUGCACGCCGUGGGCAGCAUCCUCCGCCAGGAGGGGCUGCGCGGCAUCUACACCGGCCUCUCAGCGGGGCUGCUCCGCCAGGCCACCUACACGACCACCCGGCUGGGCAUCUACACCGUCCUCUUCGAGCGGCUGACGGGCCCCGACGGGACGCCCCCCGGCUUCCUCCUAAAGGCGCUCAUCGGCAUGACGGCUGGCGCCACGGGGGCCUUUGUGGGCACCCCCGCCGAGGUGGCCCUCAUCCGCAUGACCGCCGACGGCAGGCUGCCCCCCGAGCAGCGCCGCGGCUACAGCAACGUCUUCAACGCGCUGCUGCGGAUCACCCGCGAGGAAGGCAUCCCCACGCUCUGGAGGGUAGGCGGGGCUGGG